AUGCCAAGUUAUCCAAAACAUCUUAAAACCGGUUCGGAAUGUCCACCAUUGAAAGAAAAUCAAUUACGAUUAUAUAGUAUGCAAUUUUGUCCAUACGCUCAACGUGCUAAACUUGUCUUAGCCGCUAAGAAUAUUCCAUAUGAAGAAAUAAAUGUUGAUCUUGUUGAUAAACCAGAAUGGUAUUUAAAAAAGAAUGCACCUGGACAAGUUCCAGGUUUAGAAUGGAUUGAUCAUGAUUCAAAAGAAACAAAGUUUAUACCUGAAUCACUGAUUGUUAGUGAUUAUCUUGAUGAAACAUAUUCACAAAAUCGUCUUCAACCAACUGAUCCAUAUCUAAAAGCCAAACAUCGUGUUUUAAUUGAUAGAUUUAGCGGUAUUACAACUGCAUUUUAUAAAAUUAUGCAAGGAGAUCAAAAGCAAGGUGUUGAAGAUUUAAAUAAAAAUUUAAAAACAUAUGAAGAAGCACUUACAGCUACAUUUUUUGGUGGAUCAAAACCAGCCAUGAUUGAUUACAUGUUAUGGCCAUGGUUUGAACGACUUCCAUUAUUAAGUGAAGUAGGUUUUGAAUUUAAUUCUGAUGGAAAAUUACCAAAAGUCGCUGCUUGGGUUAACGCAAUGGAAUCAAAUGAAGCUGUUCAAAAAAUUAAAGUUCCUACCGAAUUAUUAAAGAAAUUUACGGAAAGUCGUAAACAAGGAAAACCACAAUUUGAUUUUGAAUAG